AUGUCCGGCUCCUGGAAGCUGCUCGCCAAGACAUUGGGUUCCAAGGCGGAAACACGCUCCAGGAAGACUGCUAUAGUAUGUGCUCCAACCGUUGAAUCAUUAAAGCAGUUCGAAGCUCGAUGUCUUCCAAAUGGGUGCAACUUCGCCAAUACUACCAUGAGUGUUCUGGGAUUUAGCUCAGCAGAGGUAGACAUUGGCACUACGAACAAAAGGAGGCGGGAGAUUCUCGAGCUGGAUGCCUAUGCGAUAUCCUUUCCUAUAACAGCAUUCGCUUUGGACUAUUUAACGGCAUUUGUAGAUUUGAAGAAUGCCGAUGAUUACAGCAUCUCUUGGUUCUUCGUGUUGGACUGGGCAAUGCCGAACCAGAGAUUUUGGUUACAAGAGCUGAUCUCAUCAGUCGAUGUGCUGAGCAGCAGUGGCGCUUGUAUUCCAGCGGGUUCCAUGACUAUCUGCUGUGUAAACACCGACCACAUAUACACCUGGCAGAAGAAUACCACUCAAUGGCUUCCAGAGCAUGUAGAGCACAUCCAGCAAGCUUUGAGAUCCUUCUGCCUGUUGAAAAAGUGUUCACUGCUUUACUAUCCAACCCUGUUGCCAUCGUCAGCAUUGUCUGAUUCCGAUAAGGAGGCUGCUCUCAACGUACUGCUUGGCAAGCUUGACUUGAUAUCUGCAGAUCUAGUGAGCACUUCAGACCUGCGAGUGCCGUGGGGCUCGGACUCGAUUGAUCUGAUAAAGAGGGCGCCGAAGUCUUUUGAACCUUCCCAGGUCUUCACAAAUGAAUUUAAGGAGAACUUCGAGGCCUUCAUUCCUAGAGUCGUGGCUCCAUCGGCCCGCAGCGAUGAGAUGCCAAUGGAACAGGAAUCGAUAGCUCCUUUAAAGAUUGACGUGCAGCAGGAACUGCAAAAGAUCUACGACCAAGUUCAAAAGCACAAAUAA